AUUUCUUCGUCACGUUCACCAUCGGAAGUCACGGAGUCUUGGUUCCUACGCAAUAAUAUUGUUUCGAUUUCGGUACGCUCUAUAUGGUGUCCUGACUUGGAGAAAUCUAUAGGCCCGUCACGCGAUACACUUGAGCUUCAUAACUCAAGCCGUCGUGUCGUGCCAGUGUCUGCCAGGGGCGCGGCCCUCGGGGACAAUAAAUCGGGAAAACAAAAAACAAAAAAAGUGUCGUGUGCUGACAGCUUACCGCAAUGAAUCAAGCAAAAAAUAUAGUGGAAGAACGGUCCUGGGUUUCUAUAUGCAGCCUUCGCUACCUUGAAACUGGGCUAUGAGUCACACACGAAAUAUCGCCCUCAGCAGUGCUCUUCUUGCGCCGUGUGAUCGUAGUGACGAAUUGACACUAUAUCUCUUAGACGCGGCAUCAUGCUACCCUCUUAUUACUGUACGGAGAGGUCAAAUCUCCCGUAUCUCUACCGGUUGUAUGUUUCUUUGUGAACAUCUGACGACGCAUAUAGUCUUCUCUCUCACGAGCACCAACAUCUCGAAUUUAUUUGAACCAACUCCAGUGAGAUGUUACAGCAUUUUCUCAAAAUUGCUCCAUGGGGAUUACUGUGGUUUGAGGCGGAUUACUCGCCAUGUCACCGGGUGGUCAUUUACAUCGAAGGGAAGGUAUCAUACCUCCGAAAAUCCUUAGCAUACUAUCCCCACUUCCAAAUCGGCGUAGAACUAUCGCCGCAUUGACAUAAGGCACAUGCGGCGCUCAGGCCAAGCGGCGCCGCAACCAGAAAUUUACCACACGUAUCCCAUACCAAACAAUAUGCCCUUUCAGAAACAGAUGGGCAGAAAGUACUUAUACGCACAAGUUCAAUGCCUCAGUUACACAACAAGCAAGCCAACCACAUCACCUCUACAUCCUAGCCCCCGAGAAAACUCUCAAUGACAUCUAUGAUCACCUCAUUCAAACUGCCUGAUCUUCUUGCUGUUGUCCCUCUACACGGUCGUACGAACCCUCACUAUGCCACUGCCGCCGCAGAGUCCUCGAAAUGGGUUCUCAGCUUUAACGUCUUCUCCGGCAAGAAGCAGGAUUUCUUCGCCCAAGGCGGAAGUGAACUCCUGUGUUCGCAUGCCUACCCCUACGCUGGCCACGAUGAACUCCGAACUUGCUGCGACCUCGUCAAUCUCCUCUUCACCGUCGACGAGAUCAGCGAUGAGCAGAACGGAAAGGACGCCUAUCAAACUGGCUCUAUCUUUUUGAAUGCUCUACGCGAUCCCAAUUUCAACGACGGCUCCGUCUUGUGCACUAUGACCAAGCAGUUUAGAGCACGUCUGUUCCCCCGCAUGGGACCAGCUUGCUACCGACGAUUUGUUAAACAUGCAGAGGAUUACGUCAAUGGCUUCACCAAGGAAGCUGAAUAUCGGGAACUUGGUGUUGUGCUCGACAUGGCUUCCUAUGAAGUACUCCGUCGAGAGAAUAGCGCAGUCCGUUUCUGCUUCGGACUGUUUGGCUAUGUCUUAGGACUCGACCUCCCUGAUGAGGUCUUUCAUCACUCCGUCAUGAUGGAAAUGCAUCUUGCUGCGGUAGACACGGUUUGCUGGUCCAAUGAUCUCUACUCUUACAACAUGGAGCAGGCCAUGGGUCACACCGGGAACAACAUCAUGACCGUACUCAUGAAGGAGAAGAAUCUCAACCUUCAAGGUGCCGCCGAUUACGUCGGUAAAUACUUCAAGGUCCUGAUUGGUCGAUUCUUCGAUAACAAAUCACGUCUUCCUUCGUGGGGAGCCGAAAUGGAUCACACGGUUGACCAGUUCGUCAUGGCCAUGGAGAGUUGGAUGAUUGGAAAUCUGGAAUGGAGCUUCGAGACUGAGCGAUAUUUCGGACCUCAGCACGAGAAGAUGAAGGAGACAUUGGUUGUUGAGUUGAGCCCCAAGAAGGCCUAAGUAAGUCCGAGUCGGACUUAUUCGACAUAUACGAAGGAACGAUUGUCCUCCGAGAGUAUACUAGAGGCUGGAAGCGAGCUUCCUUAUUUGUUGUCACCUUUCCCCAAGUUACUUCAUAUCGGUUCUACGCAAUCGGCGCAUUUAUAUAGAGUUUGGAUAUCUACGUGACCUUUUCUUUGUUACCCCUACGCGCACACGUUUUCACACCAUAGAGCAGAUUGAGAUAGCGAUCUUAACGAAUCAACAUAUGUAUCUUCUCCC